CUUUCAGCUCGGCCAUCCAUUCUCUGGACGGGGCAACGCAGCGGAGCGACUUUGUCUCCAUCCUCAGGGAGUUUGGGAACCAUUAUGUUCAGGAGGCGGUGUACGGCUUCCAGGAGUCCUGCACCAUCUGGUACCCCAACAAACAGGUCCAGAGACAGCUGUGGCUCGAGUACCAGGACAUCAGCAAAGGUAACUCUCCUUCCGAGGAGUCAGAAGAGCGCGAGAAGGAACCGAGGACGCUGACCUACCCCGCCUACAUCGCCAGCCUGCUGGACACAGGAGCAAAGCGCAUGGCCGCCGGCGUCCGCAUGGACUGCAAUAGCCAGGGCCAGUGCCCGCGCUCCUGCCACCUCUGCCACAUGAGCCCCAGGACGUCCCAGGGGAGGCAGCAGUCUGAGCCCGUCCUGCUGCAGAUCACCAAGGCUGCACCCAUCUAUGAACUGGUGUCCAACAAUGAGACCUACCAGUCUCUCCAGGAGGCGAUGAUGAGCAUGCUGUGGUGUUCGGGAAAAGGUGAUGUUAUCGAUGACUGGUGUCGCUGUGAUUCCAGCGCAUUUGGCACAGACGGACUCCCCACAUGCGCCCCACUGCCACAUCCUUUGCUGAAGCUGUCCUACACCUACGAGCCCAGCAGCUCAUUGGUCAUCAUGGAAUGGAAACACACUGAGCCACCAAUCGGCGUGCGCAUCGUUGAUUACCUCAUUAGCCAGGAGAAGGUGACGGAAACGAUGGAUCACUCCAAAGUCGAGACAGAAACCCUUUUGAGCUUCGUCGAUGACAUCUUGUCUGGGGCCAGGUCUCCUUGUGUGAUGUUAGGGGACAUCCCCGACCUCCUGUCCUCCUCCAUCAGCAUGAUCAUCCGCUGCCUAGAGCCGGACACCACCUACAUGUUCCGGCUGUGGGCAGUAGACAACACAGGCCGCCGCUCCAGCCCCAGUGAGGUCACCAUCAAAACUCCAUGUCCAACUGUGGAUGACGUCAAAGCACAAGAAAUCUCAGAUAAGAUCUACAACCUAUUCAAUGGUUACACCAGUGGGAAGGAGCAACAGACGGCCUACAACACUCUAAUGGAUCUGGGGGCCCCCACACUCCACCGCGUGCUCUACCACUACAACCAGCGCUACGAGAGCUUUGGGGAAUUCACCUGGAGGUGUGAGGAUGAGCUGGGACCCAGGAAGGCCGGCCUCAUUCUCUCCCAGUUAGGAGAGCUCAACCCGUGGUGUAAGGGUCUUCUUCAGGAGCCGAAGAUCGGCCUCCGCAGGAUGUCCCUCAAGUUCCUGUCCUGCCGCUACACUGACACCAAGGCCUUCGGGCUGAACUGGUCUCACAUGGGCCAAGACGUCCACAAGGCCUGCGACGAGCAGACGCUUACCGUCAUGUACAACGACUACGGCGAGCCCAAGGAGCUGUGAAACUAUUAAAGGUUUCUGUUGCAAUGUGUACAGGAAUAUGGGAAAUGUGUCAAACCCAACAAAGAAACAAAUAGAAUGCAGAUUUUACAUUUGUUUCCCUUAGCUUAAUGUAUGUAUAGUGUCAUAAGCACAUUCUUAAAGGUCUCCUAUUAUACUGUUUUUCCUCACUAUAUUAUAGGUCUCAGAUAUAUACAAAACAUGUCUCUGAAGUGUUCGGCUCUAAUACAAAACAGAUCACCCAUUGCAGCAUCCCAUAAUCCCCUCUGUUUCAGCCCUGUUUCCAAAGUGCUGAUUCUCUGUCUGUUACUUUAGAUGGAAAUAAGGAGCCCCUCCCCACGCCCCUCUGAUGAGAUAUUUGGUUACAAAGAACACAAUGGUGCUCUAGGAGGAGAUGCAGGUGAUAAGGUGGGGGGGGGGGGGGUUACCUUGGUUGCUGAUUGGCUAAUGGUUACACAAGACAAAACAUCGUUAUGACAUCAUACAGUGGCCAAAAUGUGAUCAUCUCAUUUUCAGACAGGUUUUUAUAUAAAUGGAUCAAAAAGUGAGCGAAUCUAUUUCCUGUAACUUUCAGAAUGUCUUUACACAGAGGGGACACAUGUUUAUGUAGAAGAGACAUGAACAAGUGGAUUUUGCAUAAUAGGUGACCUUUAAUAUAAUUUGAAAUGCCAAAUGUUAUAUUUAGCUUUACCACAUUAUCAAAGUCUAAUCAGAGCUUCAAGAUAGAUACAUUCACCUAAAUAUCUGUGGCUCUUUUGAUCCAGACAGCUCUCUGAAUUCUAUUCUUCCCUUGCAAUGAUAAAGUGAAAUAUAAUGCAAACUUGACACAUCUGCAGAUGCUUCAUAAAGAAGACCCCUUUGUUUCAUUGCUUAGUAAGUUAAAGGCAGAAUACAGAAACAUUCCAUGUCACAAUGAAAUGUAAUCUCAUUGGGGAGCCAACCUAGAGUUCUACAUUAAAUGCAUUUAUCUUAGAUAAACUAAACGUAACACCUUGCAUUUUAUUUCACUGUAUUUCUUUGUUGGAUUGAACAAUCUUCAUUUAAAAAAGGGAUAUAUAAAGAGGGCACAUUCUUUUUUAAUCUUUGUUGGAAUAAAUCUGUCAUCUUGAUGGUGUAGUCAAUAUUGUGAAGCGCAAUUUCCUUUGGGUUCUUUAUAUUCAGUCAGAAAUGAAAAGGUCAGAUCUGUGUUUUAAAGGGUAAUACAGCAGUUCCUUUUCUCGUAAAAUGUACAUGAAAAUGGAUCCAGCUUCUAUUGUAGCUUCGGUUUCAUUGGUACAUCCUGAACAUCGUUAAUAUUUUGAAGCUUCUGAUGCUUGUCGUAAUUAUGAAUAACUGCAACACACGCAGCAAGUGAACACAUGGGCUGAACCAUCAUGUGUGCCAGCUAUGAUUUGGUAUUGGUGGCUGUAUGUUGUAUACAUACUUUAAAUUAAGUCAGCCUCAUGAGCUAGUACCCACAAGUCUUGUUUUGAUAUUCUCACACAUUGAAAAGGGAAUGCUGUGCAACGUUUUAAGGAAAUGCCAGUAUUUUAGAAGGUUAUCCAUGUUUCUGUAAGAAAAGUGAGGUGGCAUUAAAGCAGAUAAAGAGAUUUUACAAGAAAAGUAAAAGAAAGAUAAGAGAUAAUUGUCAGCAGGAAGUUAUUUUAGUAUGAAAACUAACCUUGUACAUAACAUUAUCAUAACGUUUUUGUGAUGUAUCCUUCUGAAUGUAGUAUUGCUAGUUUGCAUUUAAAGUUAAAGCUGCUUUCAAAAGAGUUUUACUAAAUAACAGGCACAAACAUCAGCUUUGUUUCUCCACAUGUUCAAUAAAACCUUUGCUUUUAUCGUUUUCACAUCAUUCAAAGUAAGAGAGAUUUAUCUGUCAUCUCUACUAAAACUGUUUGUUUCUUGUGAGUAUAUUUUAACUUUAGUUUCUAUUUGUUAUGUUCUUAUUUUAUUUGUGUGCAGUGGCCAUGUUGGAGAUCGAUGUCAACAAAUGUAUAUUAGUUGCUGAUUUUUAACAAAUCUCAUAUGUGAAUACUAAAAUGGACACUUGUAGAUUUUUGUAUAGGCAGCAAAGUAUUUCAUAAAUGCAUCACAUAACGCAGUACAGUGUUUUUUCUUCUGUAUAUAAAUGUAUAACAUUUUACGUGUGCUUUAGUAGAUACAAUAUUGUAUGGUCAUAUCUGCUGUGUAGCUUACUAAUUGGGUUAAUCCACUUGGUGCAGUUGUGAUGUAAAAUGUAACAGGCUUUACUUUCUUUGCUGAAAUUGGAUUGGACCUUUGUAAUAACCUGUGAUUGGUUCAUUAAAGAACUACGAAAUGACAUUCUGUCGUAGAAAAGUGGGACAUUUGACAAACUUAUUAAGUGGAAUAUUAAGGCUCUUGACCCUUGUGAAACAUGUAAACCAAUCAUAUACUAUCUGCAUGAUUUUAUUCUGUCUAAACUGUCUUUGGCCAUCAUAAACUUUUUUCACCUUGAUCUUUGCUACUUCAAAGAACAAUAAAGAAUAUAUUAUGAAA